ACAUGCAAGAAUGGUGGGAAAUUAUUUUGAAUAAUCGCGCGUUAACCACGAGCGGAGCAGUUCCUGUGCCGACCGCCAAUCAGACGUACAUUUCGCACAUUUCCGGUCGGCUUUUUUCAAUGGAUGACUCCCUUGUGUUGUGUCAAACAGUUUUAUAACGUUUCGCAAAUCAGACCGAGACCGGAACGUGGUGUUCGCAGUCCAACAGACUAACGACCCUGUGUUUUCAGUGGGGGCGAGACUUCGUGAGUGAUACAAUUACGACGUAGGACUGUAAAAAAUGCCGUCAGCCGCAUCUAAUGUCAAAGUAGAAAAACAAAUAGGUGAUACUGCGUUAGCGGACAAUUCGACGCCUCUUAGGCAAGCAAUAACAAUAAUAGAGCAUAAAAUUAGGAACUUAGAGAAACGAAAGUCAAAAUUAGAAUCAUACAAGGAAUUGCAAAACGCUGGCAAAACCCUAAAUGAGGAUCAAAAGACUGCUGUAGCCAAAUUCAACGAAGUUAUUCAAACAUUGGAAUUUGCUAGGGACUUAAGUAAACAGUUUAUGGGACUUGUCAACGUUAGCGAGAAAGAUGCGAAGAAACAGGCGAAACGAGAAGCGGCUCUGAAAAAUCAACAGGAACUGGCCAGGCUAAGGGAGAUUUUACUUGUGCAGGAUGCUUUAAACCAAAUGGGCAGUGAGUCUGUAAGGGAUGACUUUCUCAAUGGGAAAAAUGGAGCAGCUCAACUAACUGAAUCUGACCUCAAAUUAUUGGACGAUCUGUACCCCGCGGUGACGCCUAAACAUGAAGCCGGCAAUCCGACUGCCUUCACGAAUGAAGUUCAAGCUGCUGCUGAGCACUUGCUCGCAGUCGUCGAUGGCAAGCAAAAGGAAGUGUUUGGUGGUACCUAUUGUCAGAUCAAGGAGGUCCUCGGCAAAAUCCACGAGAGUGGCUACUUCGACCAAGCUCAAGUGUUUGAGACAUACGUGGAAACGGAAGUCGCCGCCGAACAACAAGACCUCACAGCUGACGCGCCCCAACAGCCGCAGUCCGAUCAGCUGCCGCCCGCAGCUGCCGCCCAUGACUUGACUCUCCAUCAACUACCCAUCGAAUCUCUGACACUGGACGGGUUGUCGCAACAGCAACAACAGCAGCCUCAGCCCAUGCACGUGGCUGGCGGGCAGGUGCCCCCUCCGAUGCAGCAGGCACCGCCGCCGCACGCGGUCCUCGAGCAGCCGCCAACGCAGCAGGUGAUCGACCAGUUGGUCGGCGCGGCGCCCGUAGGACCCGACAAGCUGUACCACCAGGGCCCACCGCCGCAGGUGCAGGCCGUGCCGCAGCAGCAGCCGCCUCCGCCACGGCCCAUUAGCGAGGUGCUUGGUGCUGGCAGCUUCUUCUUCCUGCAGGAAUCCGAGAUCGACCCUCAGCCUGAUCAGAUCCCGUCUCAGACGUUCACCAACCAGAGUUUCGUUUCUGGCAUCCACUUGCCACCGACUAUGGCACUACCGCCCCAUUUUCAGGCACCGUUAGCCAACUUGCCUCCAACGUUGAACAACCUGCCGCCUCAGCCGCAACCGCAGCAGCCGCAGACACAGCAACCGCCUCAGCAGCCGCAGGUGCCGGUCGGCGUGCAGAAGAACGGUGGAGGAAUGUUGGUUGACGAAAGGGAUGCGCAAUUCGGCGACGAGGUGCAGAACAAUGUCAAUUUGGCGCACAACAAUGGAAAGUUUGCGCCCAGGAACCAGAACUUUUACCAGAACAACGGCUACAAAGGGGAUUUUAAUAAUAAGGACUUUAAAGAUGGGUACAAUAACAGGCCAAGACAAACCAGGAACGGUAACGCUAGACCUCAGACUAGGCAUUGAAAUUGACUUUGGGAAGAGUUAUCACAUGUACAUUUUUAUUUUUAAUUUAAAUUUAUUUGAUCUUUUCCUGAACUGUAUUAAAUUGAAUGCAUCAAAAUUUUAAAUUAAUGUAAUUCUAAUGAUGAUUAUUGAAUAGAAUGCUGUAAGCUAAUAGUUGCUUCGGUAAUUUUUUUCUUAAGGAAAUGUACAAAUUUAAAACCUGCUUCAUAUUGUAGAUUCCGCAACUUGGUUUAACGCAUUCUGUUUUAGCGAAUAUAAUUGAACUUUAAUUAACUGCACAAUUUUACAAUUUUGAUGGGUUAAAAUUAAGAAUCAACUCUAAUUUCCUAUCGGUGAUUUUUUUUCAUUUUAUUUUCUAAUUUUUUACCAAUAUCAGUAUAUUACCUCGAGUUCUAGAUAUACACAUUACCAUAAAACUCACACGGGAGUCGAAAGAGAUUAUUUAUAUCAUUUUUAGAUACGUCGAAUAAUCUAGGGCUUGAAUCUAAUUUAAGAAUUAGAUUUAAAUAUUUUAAUAUGAAUUUGGCUUUACUUAUGUAUUCCUUUUAGUCUCUUUAUUAUAUAUUUGGAAAAUAAAAAUAUCUGAUAUCUGACAAAA